GCAGGAGGGAGGGGAAGGCCUAGGGAGCCAAGCAGCGCUCCCGCUGCCGCUGUCGCCGCCGCCGCAGCUCGAGUUGGAGGAGGGAGAAGCCAGGGAGAAAAUGGCGGCUGUGGCUGCAGAGGCGGCAGCGACUGCAGCGUCCCCCGGGGAGGGGGGCGCCGGCGAGGCCGAGCCGGAGAUGGAGCCCAUCCCCGGUAGCGAGGCCGGCACUGACCCCCUCCCGGUCACGGCCACUGAAGCGUCUGUGCCGGAUGGCGAGGCCGACGGGCAGCAGUGCGCUCCUCAGGCCGACGAGCCGCCGCUCCCGCCGCCACCGCCGCCGCCGGGGGAGCUCGCCCGCAGCCCGGAGGCGGCGAGGCCGGAGCUGGAGGAUGAGGAGAAGCCGCCCGUUCGGGUGGCGGAGCCGGCGGCAGCCGCGCCUCAGGGAGGGCCCGACCUUCCACUGUCUCCUGCACCGCCGCCCGAGGAGCCCCCGGCCCCCGAGGAACGCGAGGAGACACAGCUGCCCCAGCCCGCAGCUCCGGCACUAGUGCCGCCGGCGGGCGGGGAUUCCGCGGUGUCGCAACUGAUCCCGGGCUCGGAGGUGCGGGUCACGCUGGACCACAUCAUUGAGGACGCGCUCGUCGUGUCGUUCCGCCUCGGGGAGAAGCUCUUCUCCGGGGUGCUCAUGGAUCUGUCCAAAAGGUUUGGGCCCCAUGGGAUCCCUGUGACAGUAUUUCCCAAAAGGGAAUAUAAAGAUAAGCCGGAAGCCAUGCAGCUCCAAAGUAAUACAUUCCAAGAAGGGACAGAAGUCAAGCGUGAAGUGAAUGGUGCUGUUCCUGAUGAUCCUUCUCCUGUCCCGCCUCCCGAGCUGAGCUUGGCUGAAAGCCUAUGGACUUCCAAACCACCACCUCUCUUCCAUGAAGGAGCACCUUACCCUCCCCCUUUGUUUAUCAGGGACACAUAUAACCAAUCUAUACCUCAGCCACCUCCUCGGAAAAUUAAGCGACCCAAACGAAAAAUGUACAGGGAAGAACCCACUUCAAUAAUGAAUGCUAUUAAACUACGACCUAGGCAAGUCCUGUGUGAUAAAUGUAAAAACAGUGUUGUUGCUGAAAAAAAGGAAAUUAGAAAAGGUAGUAAUGCAAGUGACUCUUCUAAAUAUGAAGAUAAGAAACGGAGAAGUGAAAGUAUAACUACUGUGAACAAAAAACUGAAAACUGACCAUAAAGUGGAUGGGAAAAACCAGAAUGAAAGCCAGAAAAGAAAUGCCGUGGUUAAGGUUUCAAAUAUUGCUCACAGCAGAAGCAGAGUAGUAAAAGUUUCUGCUCAGGCAAAUACAUCAAAAGCUCAGUUAAGUACUAAAAAAGUGCUCCAGAGUAAGAACAUGGAUCAUGCAAAAGCUCGGGAAGUGUUGAAAAUUGCCAAAGAAAAGGCACAAAAGAAGCAAAAUGAAACCUCUGCUUCCAAAAAUGCACAUUCAAAAGUCCAUUUCACACGUCGAUACCAGAAUCCUAGCUCAGGUUCCCUUCCGCCCCGGGUUCGUUUAAAACCACAGAGGUACAGGAAUGAAGAAAAUGACUCUUCUCUGAAGACAGGACUUGAGAAAAUGCGGAGUGGCAAGAUGGCACCCAAGCCCCAGUCUCGCUGCACCUCUACCCGCUCAGCAGGUCUCAACAAAUGGCAGCUAUUACAUCAGACAGUGACGAGUCCUGCUGCUCCCUUACAGUGUCUGACAGACCACUGUGGAUUCAGACUGGGAGCAUUGAAGUUAACAGUGAAACGGGCAGCACAAAGACAUUAGCAGGCUGCUGGUUUCAUGGACCUGUACCACAAUGACACAGAACACCAGAGCAUCAGGACUGAAUGAAAUUGGAGAUUUUUAAAGCUGCACUAAGAAGUAAAUGUUAAGGCAUUGAUUAAAACCAACAGUCUACAAAGGGGCACUUGGAAAUUGUGCUAUAUUAAACUGAAGAAAAGGUAUUAGGGAAUAUUUUAUAAGAAAUAAACUAUUGCAAUAAAUUAUGCAUGAGAUGAGGAGAAAAGUGAUAUGAAAUACACAUACAAAAAGCUCACUUGACGGGUCGGCUUUAGCUCAAGCGGUUACUUCCUCAAGCCAGACUUCAGAAAGCUCUCUUGAAUUUUAUGUAUGAAGAAUCACUGACAGUAACUUCUUUUGAAUGUGAAGUUCUUACCAUUAUGGUUUGGACAGGCCUAAGACGCAUAGGUUGAUGCAGAAGUGUUGAAUUAUUUUUUCAUACUUAAACUUUGUGCUUUCUCCAAAGUUUAUGUUAAUCAGUUCAGAUAUGAGAAAACGUGUUUCAAAAAUGGCUCUCCUCUGAAACAGCAAUAGUCAUAUAUGCCAAGGCCAAUGUUUCCUUCACGGUGCCAGCAGAAACAGCAAAAGAUUAUGUAACAUCCUGCUGAAAGGAUGGCAAAGUGCCCCACCCCACCGCACCAACAAAAUUUGGAUCUUUUCUUUCUUUAAUAAAGCAGGGCUGUAUUAUCUUGAAUAUAUGUUUGCUCGUUAGAACAUAUUAAGAUGUAUUUAUUUGCCACUAGUAUUUAACAUUUUGUGCACAUUUUCAUAACUACAUUCUUACCUUUCGCAUUUUGACUCAAAGUGGAUAGGCUAGUGUUGACCUUGGAGUGAAAACACACUUCAAGAACUAGUUCUUAAUUCUACCGAGCUGGAAAGGCUUUUAUUAUUGUCUCUAUCCUUACUGAUUUUAUCAAGUUCAGAAAAGGUGACUUCUGAAUUUUGAUGCAGACCCCUUUCUAUGGAGAGCCUCUCCUUCUAAGUGCAAGAAAUUCUCACAGGUGUCAGCUAGGACUUGGCCCUGGGGGACAAGCAGCAGGAACAGAUCCAUAGACAACAUCAAACUUUUCAUGCAUGGAGCAUGAAUUCUUAUUAAUAGAGACUGUAAUUUUUUUCUUGUCUUUGGUAAAUACAUAUUAAGAAAAACCUUAAUUUCUCUUUUUUAAUGAAUGGAGAAAACAUGAGAAAACCAGAUGGACCUGUUAGUACUACAUUUUUAAGGCAUUUUAUAUUUGAUGGUGCCGUACUUUUAAUAAUAAUAAAACAAGUUUUUUAGUGGCAAUACUGAUUUAUUUUUUAAACAAGAAAGAUAUCCAUAUUGAUUACUUAUUACAAAAAAAAAAAAAAAGGAAAAAAAUGCCAAAAAAUAAAAAGACACAAAAUUCAUUUGAAGCAACAGAACAGAUAACUGAGCACUUGGCUCAAGUGUUCAACCUUUCCAUAAUCUUACUCUGUAGGUUUGGAAUUACCUAAUAACCCCACCCAUGCUCAGGAUUAACAAAAGGUUCUAGGUGAGAGUUUUAGAGUAUUUAAUAUACCUGACUAUGAUUUGUUUUAUUACAACUCAAGAAGAAUAGUCAGGCAGUCUUGAGUCCAGUGAGCUUAAUGCAAAUCGUAAUUAUACUGCAAGUAAUUAAAAGUUUUGACCACAUUCUAAAAUUGUCUUUUUGGAAAAUUCUCUAUCAUGAAGACAUUUCAUAUUUUAUACAAUCAAAUAGCUCAGGAACUGUAGCAGCAGGGAGUUCUAAAGAUGACAUGUACUAGAGGGCACCCUACUCUGUGUGGCCCUGAGGCUGUGGCUUGGGUCAGUCUUGUUCUUUCAGAUACAUAACAUGAGCACUACCUUUCAGGCUUACUUUGAGAACCAGAUAACUCCCAAGCCAUGGUGGAAUUACACAUGGAUUGUAUAAUCAAAAUUUUUAAUUAGGCUUUAGAAUUCUUUAUUUAUAUAGAGUGAUGGAAAUGACCAAGAAGUAGUAAUACAAAGGCAAACGAAUUGGGAGAGAUCAGGUUUUAAGUAUCUAAAUAUUUUUUUCUCAUGACAUUCUCAAAGGUGUUUUGUUAAAAUCAGAUUUCCAUUUUUUAAAAAAUGAAACUUGGUAUUUAAAAUCUAGACCUACCAUGUUGCUAUUUCACUUUCAUUGCUUUAGUUGCUUAAUAUUUAAGCUUUGCUUCAUGCUACCUUUUGUCUGUAUUUCAGUCUUCACAAGCCUAUUUUGUUUUGUAGACUUGAAUGAUAAAAGUUGUUUCUCAUUUUACGUAUGCUCAGAGUUAAAUGUUAAAGAAUG